CAGAAAAGUCCAGCUUACUUGCCAGUAUUUACAUUCGCAGGCUUCCUUUUGUAUUGGUUGCCACUGACAACAGCAAUCCUCCAUCAAGCUCUCUACCUCCCGUCCCAAGAAACAUUGUAAAAGAGUGCGCCCCCCAUCUCUCCACACUCCACCGGCUGCCCCAAAACUCUAUGCGAUCACAACACGAAGUCUGUUUUACUGCCCAACAGUUUUCACUUGUCUGUGACCGCAUCUUGCACCAUGGACCACCGAGGGACGGAAGGCCUUAUGGACUGGGAGCCAGAACGCAAGCAUGCUAUUGACCCCUCCAGUCCCUUCGCAGCUCUGCCCAAAAAGUUCACCCUCUCUUCAUUUGAAACACCCGUCUCACGAUUCAGCAAAGUCAGCAAUGACCCAUUCGCGAGCGCGGUGCGCAAGAGCUCACCACUCAAACAAGACCACCCGGCCCCCCCACAUGCCUCAUUCUUUUCGCCGCAGCUACAGAACAAACCAUCAGGCCCCGCGUUUCGGAAUCCAGCGUUCACCACACCGCAGAAACGCUUCGAGGAUGUACCAAUGUCCGAAGUUUCUGACGCCGAAUCAAGUCCCGCUAUGACCGACACUUCGAUCUUGCCAGCCGACACGCCAGACAUUGAACACAUCGGGAUGAAGUCCGCUGCCACCCCCUCACCCAUCAAACUGAUGUGGAACCGGAACCUGGAUCGGAAUCGAACUGCCGGAAAGGGGGAGCUCCCUAAAUCUGGAGCUCGUGAUAAGGUCAGGAAGAGGAAAAGGCUUUUCGGCGACAAAGAUGUUGGCAGUGUGAGGUCCCGCCUCGCCCACGACUCGGAUGACUCAGAUAGCGAUAUUCCAGAGAGCUCCAAGGCGCUGGUGACGAGUUCAAAACAGAAGAAGGAUAAGAAACGAGGCUGGUUGAGCAACUUCCUCGCGACUCUGAGCGACAACCCCAAUGCGCCAGCUAUUCUGUCCAGGUGGUUGCAACUUGGGGCAAAUAUCCUUCUCAUGUGCCUUGCAUUCAUCAUUGUCUUCGAAAUGAUCAAGCAAGUGCGGUCAGAUUUAUCGCGCGAGGCUGGCAAUGCUAUAGCGGCAUUGCAACAGGAGAUCAGGCAAUGUGCAGAGCAGUUCACCCAGAAUGCUUGCUCGCCCAAGGCAACUCGCCCACCUUAUAUGGAAACGGUGUGCACCCAAUGGGAAAUAUGCAUGCAACAGGACCCUCACGGCAUUGCAACCACCAAUAUUUCGGUCCGCAAGGUAGCUGAGAUCCUCAACGAGUUUGUUGGCGUUAUAUCCUACAAGACCUGGGCCUUCCUUCUUACAAUAUUCCUCGCCACCCUUCUUGCUACCAACAUGGGCUUUGGUCGUCUUCGGGACACUGGCUCGUUCCAACAUCCCCGUGCACCGGCACCUGCGCCCCCACUACAGUCACCUCCAGCUAUGGCUCCGAUGCUUCCAGUCUCGUCGGAUGGCUUUUUCUGGGCGCCUGUCGGUAUGACACCCAAGAGUGUACGGAAACAACUUCUCAGCGAAGAAACAGAGACAGAGACCGAUAGCACCCCGAUGAUGAGAGCCAUCAUGCCGCCACAAACCCCGUCAAUGAGGAGGAGUCCCAGCAAAGAGUACCGAGAUAGGGAGCGAGAAAGAGACAGAAGUCCGUCCAAGGGUUUCAGACAAAGGAGCCCCAGCAAAAACUACUGAACGAACAACACACCGGUUUCUUUUGUUUAUUUUUGCCAUCGAGUUUCUGACAAGUGCUGGCAAUUGCUGCCACGACCGUGUCACUGCAUGUACUUAUUCUUUUCUUGUUCUCAUUUUAUUCUGCUUUCAUAGGCACUUUGGGAGCACGGAGUCGGCUUGGUAUGUGGGUUGGUUGGACUGGUUACGUUGGCGUU